AUGGAGCGAGUGAAUGGAGAAGAUAUUUGGCAGGAUCGCGAAAUUCGUUUCGAUGUGGAUCAUAAACUUCUUCGUAUGAUCAAUGGAGAAGUACAAAUUGCUAAAGUGGAGAAUGUGGAAGACACGAAAGGAAACAAUGGAGAUAAAGGGGUAAUUCGAGUUACCAAUCUUCGUCUGAUCUGGUACGCUAUGAGCAUGCCGCGCAUCAACAUCACUAUUGGGUGGAAUACGAUCACUGGAACACAAUCGAAAACAUCGACAUCGUUGGCAACCAGAAAUCGUGGAGGAAGUAACGAAGCGAUAUACGUUCUAGCCAAAGUCUCAUCCUCAACAACGAAAUUCGAAUUCAUUUUCACCACAACCAACACGACGGCUCAUACAAAACUCUUCACGACAAUCGCUUCUAUCAAUCGUGCAUACGAGACCACUAAAAUGUACCGUGAGCUCAAAAUGCGAGGAAUUUUCAUCAAAAACGACGGAACACUGAAAAUUCUUCCACAAGAAAAUAUUGUUGAGAAUGUUUCUGGUGUAUGGAAUCUCUCUACUGAAACUGGAAGCCUUGGAGUGUUCGUCAUCACCAACAUCCGCGUCGUUUGGUAUGCUGAAAUGAACGUUGGCUACAAUGUAUCCGUCCCAUACUUGACUCUAUAUUCCGCCAGAAUUCGGGAAUCAAAGUUUGGAAUGGCUCUGGUUCUGGAGACAACUUCUAGCAGUGGAGAAUACGUUUUGGGAUUCAAAGUGGACCCGACAGAGAAGUUGCAGGGACUAUUGAAAAGUAUCCAAUCUCUUCAUAAGGCACACCUUCUGAGACCUAUUUUCGGAGUACAGUAUGUCAAGGAGAAGGCCGAGAAGUCAGAAGCUCGUCAAAUCAAAGAAGACGAAGAUGUGACAGACGUCAUGGACAACAAUGAAGAUGAUGUUGAAAUUGAGAAGGACAUCCGUCCGGACCCAUUCGCAGCGUAUUUUGAUGGACAGCACAGUGUCACUGAUGAGAAACGACUUCCAGUACUGAAUCAGGAAAUUGGAUUGGCCAUGGAACCGAUUCGCAACGGAUUCACUCUUAAAGACUUGUGGGCGAUUCAUAUUGAUGGAUAA